CAAUGAACGCGGCCAGCAGCGGACGGGCUGAAAGCCAGUGGAGGCGUGUUGCAGUUUCACGCACAGAUGUUUUCAGUUUGACGUCCUCCUCCGUCUCGUCUGGAUGCCCCCACUGUUUCGUGCCCGAGGAGAAGGGGAAGAUGGAGCCAGACAUGACGGAAGUGCAUCCAGUGAUUUAUUUUUUUUACAAAAAAAUUUAGAUAUUUAGCAAUGCAGCGGGGAUGAGUAAGGAAAAUCAACACAUCUUCUUCUCAAACAUAAGUGUGGUCUGUAUCAGCCUCCAAUGCUGUCUGUAAAGCAGCAUGAACAGCGACAGCCCUAUUCCACUGCAUUCAGUUCCUAACUGAAGUCAGUGUCUUCAGAAGGAUCCAGGAACAUGGUGACAUUAAGGAGAAUCCUCCAUCUGAAGGGAGACGUGUUGUGCACAAUGCUGCUACUGGUGCUCUUCUGCCUGCUGCUCUAUGCCCGCCAGGUUGUGCUCUCCUCUGCGUGGGGCAGGCCUGUGUGGAAGAUAGAGAUCCACGGCUCGACCAGCUCCAGCAGGACAUUGCUUGGCGCUGGCAGAGCUAAAGCGGUCAAGGAGUCUCCAGGGCAGAUUCCAUCCAGUCCUUCAGAGCCACAGCUGCCUCCCUGCAAACCCCAGUCCAAGUCCCAACCUCCUCUGUCCAAGUUGAAAGCUCCCCAGCUCAAGACCAAACCUCAGUCCAAAGAUGUUGUCAAAUCUAAAAAGAGAUCUAAGUCCCAACUAAAAAAUGUUGUCCCAACCAAGGCUGUCUUAAGGCCCCUGCCUACGUUGCCACCAUUUGACUUUGAGGGGUAUCUGAGAGAAAAGGACAACCGAAACUUUAAGCUCCUCAUAGACCAGCCGGAGAAAUGUCACAUUGGAGGAGCAGUGGAGGAAGCAGCAGCAGGAGGAGGAGGGAGUGAAGGGUCUACCACUGCUCCCUACAUGCUUAUUGCAGUGAAAUCGAUUCCUGGAGAUUUUGAUAAACGUCAGGUGGUACGUCGGACCUGGGGUAAAGAGGGACUUUUUCAAAAGGACGUGUCCAUCCGGACUGUUUUCCUGCUGGGGGUUCCCAGGAAUCGGACUGCUCUGCCUCUUUGGGACCGGCUCAUGACCUACGAAAGUCAAACCUUUGGGGAUAUCCUACUCUGGGACUUUGAAGACACCUUCUUCAACCUGACACUGAAGGAAACACAUUUUCUCAAAUGGAUUAACAGCAGCUGUCCUCAUGUCAAAUUCAUCUUCAAGGGCGACGCUGAUGUCUAUGUGAAUGUGGAGAACAUAGUAGAGAUGCUACAAGGUCAAAAGCCAGAAGAGGAUCUGUUUGUUGGAGAUAUUAUUAUCAAUGCUAAACCAAUUCGGCGGCGCAAUUCCAAAUACUAUGUUCCAGAGUUUGUUUAUGGAGGGGGUUUGUACCCGAACUACGCUGGGGGAGGAGGGUUUGUCAUGUCAGGGCAUACGGCUCGGAGACUUAGCUCUGCCUGUCAACAGGUGGAGUUGUUCCCCAUUGAUGAUGUCUUUCUAGGAAUGUGCCUCCGGCUGAUUGGCGUGGAACCAUCUCGCCACCAGGGCUUUCGGACUUUUGGGAUUCCGCGGCCCUCUGCAGCACCCCACCUUCAGACGUUUGACCCUUGUUUUUACAGGGAACUCAUGGUUGUUCACAGCCUGAGUGUUCCUCAGAUCUGGCUCAUGUGGAACCUCCUGCACGACCCCAGACUGAGGUGCCACAACCGGACCAGCCAGACAUCCUGGCCCUUUAAGUGGAAGGAUAAGAUGAGUAAAACAACUGGUAAAGAGAAGGAUUAUGGUGAGACGGACGUGUUCAUCUCGCAUUAGUGACUCCCUGUGGGGCUGAUUGGGCUCUCUAAGAUAGCAAAGACGAAAUGGUUAAAAAGUUGGAAUCUUUGGCCAACAUGAAAGACUUGAGACGUCUUAAAAAGAACCGUUGAGUCUUUUGAGACUUUGUCCAAGAUGGUAGAUCAUCUUUGGGGAAAUGAAUUGGCAAAAGUCUUGAUUUUUCAGCAAGGAAAGAGAAGAGAAUUUGGGUUUUUGCCACCCAAGGCCAUCUGUGUGAUCACAACAGUGCACGACCAUGUAAGUUGACGACAAUUCACGAUUGUGAGAAGACUAAUGAAUGUGUAAUCUGAACGUAUUGUUCUAAUUGUUUACACAGAGACACAGUAAGAUGUAAGGAACACUUAGCUGAUGUGUUGUUAGCUGGUAAACCCCGUCCAAGCGUGAAGUAUUUGUGUUUCUGAGACCUUUGGCAUCAUUAUAAAAGAGUACCAUAAUGCACGUCAGACUGUGGAGAGCCAGGACUGGGGAGGACACUGUGUACUGGGAAAGUGGACUCGCCAAAAAUCCCUGUGAGAGCUGUAGGAUGAUGGAGGCACAAAUGGAGACUUAGAUUCCCUGGAGGAACCAUAAAUGAAGCCUAAAUAGGAAACAGCUGGGAGACACACAAGUUUGAGUUAUUUGAGCAAAAGCCUGAUGUUUGAGGAGCAUGUGUAGUUUCAUGUAAAUGCUGUUAUGAAAUACUAUAAUAGUUUGUUUUGUGUGUAGUUGUUCUUUUGUUACAACUUUGUUCGUUUUAAUUCUUAGGACAGACCUCGAUGGAUGAAAAUUGAUCACAUUUGUGUGUCUUGCAGUGUGACUGUUCAACACCCUCAUGCUGUUUCAAUAAAUAUUCGAUGGAUUGCCAUGAAAUUUAGUACGGACAUGACUGUGCUAAUAUGGCAUAAGGCAACACUAAAUUCAACAAAUUUGCACAAAAUGCAAGAGACUGUUGAAAUAAGUGAAAUAAAAAUUUGACGAUGGCAACUGUUUGCAAAAUCACUAGUGAUAGCGAGCUGAAAUACCAUUAAGAAAUGUGGUUGGAACAGACUGUGAACAAAAUGAAGUUUGAAUACGCAUCUGAUCAUCUUGAAUGAAUAGUACUUAUUAAAUAAAUAAAUCAACUGUUACCUUGAGUUCCAGAAUUGUUUUUUUCAGGAAAAGUUCAUAUCCUAUAAACUAGAAAUAAAAGCCAGUCUUUUACACAUCCACAUUUAUUGAAAUGUUUAUAUCACUUCGUUUUUUAAACUUUGACAUUGAUGUUGCCAUUUCUAUUCAUCACAGUCCAGUCCAUUUAUCGCAUUAGUUACACCGCAGUAGCCUUCAAAAUGCAGAGAAAAUCAUUUUGCUGUAGCAAAGUCAACCGAAUUGUUCUCGAAUCGUAUUAUUGCAUUUUUUCAGUAAAAAUGCUAAAGAAUUGGACUUAUAUCUGCA